CGAGUUGCUGGGCUGUUACGCUUCCCUGCCCAGAUUCAUCCUGACGAGCCCUCUCGGUAAGAUGGAAGCCGGAGAGCCGCCAUGAUGAAACCAACAACAUCCGUCCCCGCGAUUCGAAUCGCCACGAAUUCCGCAAUUGCACAAUCAGCUCGGCCUCUCUUUGUACGCCACUUUGCGUCUCCGACUGGCCUGGGAACUACCGCAACUCCAAAACCUAAGCGGAGGAGCGUCACGCCGUUUAACGAUACCGGUUUUGUGCCAUGGAACGAACUAUCGGCCGCUGAGAAGGCGGCGAGGGCAACCCAGCAGUCUUACAACUUUGGCAUGGUUAUCGUCGGUCUCGUUUGCACUGGAGGUGUUGGAUACUUCCUUUGGACAGAUGUCUUUUCCCCCGAGAGCAAGACAAAUCAGUUCAACAGAGCUGUCAACAUGAUCAAAAAGGACCACAGAUGCCUUGAGCUUCUAGGUGAUGCGAACAAGAUUUCGGCUCAUGGAGAUGAGACUUUUAAUAAAUGGAGGAGGGCACGCCCCAUUACAUCAACUGAGAAGACGGACGCUCAGGGCAACCAGCAUCUCAUGAUGCAUUUCUACGUCGAGGGCCCUCUGGCGAACGGAGUAGUGCAAUGCCACAUGGUUAUGCCUCGUGGCCACAGCGAAUAUGAAUACAAAUACCUAUUUGUGGAUAUCAAGGGCCACGAAAGGAUAUAUCUGGAGAAUGCAGACACCGCUGCCGCACGGUCAGGAAAGAAGCCUCUGACGUUUUUCGGUGUCAAAUGGGGAUAACGAAUGACAAUCAAGGAGUCGUUUGUUCUUCCGUGUGAUUGUCUCUAGGAAGUCCAGUCCCAGGACAACUUUAUGAAUCGUCGAAAGACGCUUAUGUAUACUAUCAUGUUCAUAACUGGGUGCAUUAUCUGCACUUUCAUAGCCGAAUUUUGUAUCAUUGACUGAUUUA